AAUCUCAAGCCGCAGACGCACAAACACCACUGACAGGCACUGCUGCGCCAUCAUUAGCCCCCAAACCUCUCCAGGGAUCCGCCGCUGCGAUUUCCACAAAACUUUUUUUGAAAAACAACUUUUUUUGUAUUCCUGGAUAAGCAAGUUGUUUGCCCACUUUUAUCGACUUGUUUUUGGCGGAAAGGCAUUUUAUUAUCCACCGCGUUUCCCCUUUCCACCGCAGCACUUGGUAGAAUAAAAUGACCCAUGCAAGGUGUAGAAAUCCCCGGCAGGUACGGACGGACUUGAGGAGCCUGUGAUCUCUGGAGCAGAAGGAUUGGGAUUGUGGGGAAACUUGGCUGAAGGUGCUCAAAACUCAGAGGAUAAUUUUUUGAGCGAGGUUUUUUUUUUUGGAGGGGUUGAAUUCUGAAUCCUUUCCACGCUUGGCACCGUUUUACUGGACCUUGUGGGAUUUCGGGGAGCGGGGGGACUGAGCUGGGGAAAAUAAUCUUUUGGAUAAUUCCCGCAACAAGGAAGCACCUAAUGUUGCACCCCGUGACUCUGCUGCUGCUUUCCAGUGAUAUAUCCUUACAUUGGGAUUCAGUCUCCUACUUACCUCCGGAGUUGUGUGCGUAAAGGACGCCCAGGGGAGCGAAAGCGAGAGAGAGGGGGGCGAUUUCGCCAACCUUUCCCGGGGCUCUAAAUCUGUGGAAGCAGGUGUAUUUCUGCAAGACAAGAUGUAUCCGCUGCCUUCGAGGUUCAUAUACGUGUGUUUACAUUUUCUGGUACUCUAUUUCCAGCUACAGGAGUCCCAGCAGAGCUCUGCUGAUUUUAGGUUUUACAUUGAGAACCACACGAGGAACCCAGACGACCUCAGCCGGAAGCAGGUCCGGAUCUAUCAGCUCUACAGCAGAACCACAGGGAAACACGUCCAGAUCUUGGGGAAGAAAAUCAAUGCCAAUGGAGAUGAUGGGGGCAAGUAUGCCCUUCUUGUUGUCGAGACAGAAACCUUCGGUAGCCACAUUCGUAUAAAAGGAAAAGAGAGCGAACAUUACAUUUGCAUGAACGAAAAAGGCAAAAUAGUUGGAAGGCCCGAUGGAAGGAAGCAGGAGUGUGUCUUUGUCGAAGAAUUCCUGGAGAACAACUACACAGCUCUUGUGUCGGCCAAGUACAAAGGAUGGUACCUCGGAUUCAACAGGAAGGGUCGGCCCAAGAAAGGCUCGCAGACCACGCAGAGGCAACAGGAAGUCCACUUCAUGAAGCGCCAGCCGAGGGGAAGGGUAGACCCACCAGAGGUGUUUCGUUUCACCACAGUAACAAAGCGGACACGAAGGGCUCGGCGAUUAAAACCCAACUCCAAGAGGAACUGAUGGGACCAAUGAGACAGCAUUAAUUUUCCUCGGCGGUGGGGGGGGGGGAACUGUAUCUGAAAAUCUCAAGCUUCUUGUCUUAAAAGAAUCACCUUAAAGUCUUCACUCCUGUAAAAGAAAGACAGACAAAAAGAACAUAAAAAUUCAAAGAUGUUUUAUUUUUGUAUUUCAGGAUGACUGAAUAUUUCCUAACUCUUGGAUUCUUCUGGGUUGCUGUCAUUGUGCUAACGUGCCUGUCAUGUUAUUUAUACUGGAUCAACUAAAGGACCUCUGAGAGAAUUCCUGUUGCCGUCGUCCUCAGCUACGUUUGAACUGCAAGCUGAAGGCAUGCUUUCUUUUUGACACUGGGGGUUGAAGCAGGAGCUGACACAAUGUUAUAAAAAUCAGCCAACUAGAGAUUUAUUGGAAUACCUGUCGGUUUUUGUUUGUGUUGCCCCUUACAACGCGGAUCCCAUACUUUCCACUGGAAUCAGACACCAUGGAGAUGAAACGGAGAGAGGUGGCAGGCGCAGGUGACACUGCUGCCGGGAUAACUGUGUAGCUUUGAGUGCAAUAUUUUACAGGUCUUUCUCUUCUUCUCCCCCCCCCCCCCCCCCCCCCCCCCCUCCAUAUGUCUGUCAACCUCAGCUUCACUCGUUGCCCCUGGAAUGCGCUGAACCUUCUGAGUACCGUGUGUGAUUUCCUUGACAUUUCCAUGCAGUCUGUGAUUCAGCUAAAACACGACAUGCUUCGACUAGUCAGGCACCAGCUGUGGCUUAAGUCUUGUUUAAACACACACAAAACAAUACAAUACAAACAAAAAUAUAACAACUGAUGUGAUUCAUAUUCCACAAAGUCUUCUAGCUUCAUCACAUUCAGGAGACAGAUUUUAAUCCCUUUCGUCUUCCCUUGGACUCGCUUUUUAACAGCUCAUCCUCACAUGUGUUAAAGUUGUUCCAGAAAAGGAUGCCUUGAUUCUUUGAGUGUGAGCUAGCUAAUAUUUUGGGGUUGGUGAUGAAGACUUCCUCUACCUCCUUGUUCUUUUUGUUUAUCUUUACCUAGUCUGACUGUCUGUGUUCAGUUAAUCUCAAGAAGAAGAAGCUUUCAGUCGACACUGAGCUGAACUGAGCUCUUCUUUUUAUUUUUUUUUUCUUCCAAAAUCAUCUUUUGACUGUGAGCUCAUCUUCGCUCCUUUCUCAAAGAUGCUUUUGGGAAAGCUUAAAAUUGAUCCACAGACAGGAAUUCUGUAGCUCCGACCAACCCAAUCACUUCAUAAAUCCACAUUUGACAAUUAAGACGACUUCUCAGAUGAGCAACUUGUCCAGGAUUCUGGGAACAUUUUCUGCAACAUGAGUUUGUGUCUGAAUCCUAAAGGGAAAAGUCUGUCUUUCCUUCUCUCACUGACGAUAAACUCCAGCUCCCUUUUCAUCAGUAGUAUGUAUUCACCUGUCUGCUGGCAGGUUUUUGUAUGAGUUGCUACUAACAACAUGACACAUUUAUGAUUUUUUUUAAACAAAUGUAAGCAAAAAUAAUUUUAUGACUAUUAUUAAGAUAUUUAUUGCCUCCCUUUGUAAAUAAAAUGUGAUGAGUUUUAUUUGGCCUCUGUUAAUAAAAUGAGGACUAUAUUUUAAAAGAAAA